AUGGCGUUACAUAGCCGUCUGCUACACGACCUGGCAGACCUUCAGAAGCACCCCUACCCAAACAUCGCCUUCGUAUCGCACGAGAACAAUGUUCGUAAGGCAUGUCUCAUCUUGGGCGCCGGCGACCGCGAGCCACUGCAUCUGACUGUAACCUUUCCAAUCACCUACCCUCUGAUCUCGCCCACGAUCAGCAUCGAUAGUACCGUCAGACACUUCAAUGUGUUCUCUGACUAUAUCUGUGCAUCGAUCCUGAACACCGACGAAGACUGGACUCCUGCUUACACCAUGAAAGCCAUCGCCAUGCAGCUUCUGAGCUUCUUCAGCAGCGAUAAGCUGGAGCAACAGCAUGGUCGACCAGGCGCUGCAAUCAACCUUGACGAGUUCCGUCUUCCAAAUGGCAGCUGGCAAGCUCGCGGCGGAGCAGUGCAAUGUAAUGUUUGUGGCUACGAUCGACCUCAUUCCCUGUAUCAAACAAGCGAUCCUGCCGCUUGGAAAGCGUGGGCUGUCAGUAUGCGCAGUCGCUUUGGAUUUCCUCCUUUCGCUGGCGAGAUUCAGACACAAUCUGCCGUACCUUCUCCUCGUUCUAUCGAUCUGAUGGACAUUGACUACGAUGAAGCAUUUCCACCAAUCGGUCAGUCUCCAAUCAGCAAGGUCACGGCAUCGUCGAAUCACAAGGAGGCAACUACGUCUCAGGAGGGCGCCGUAGAGCCCGUCACUUCGGCGCCCAGUCUCGUUGAUGGUGCUCCCAAUGAGGCUGCUGUAGAGCAUGCGAGUCUGGCGCCUGGCCCGAUUGAUAAGCUUCCGGCGGAGAUUCUUGUUGCCAUCUGUGAUAGGAUGGACGAUGAGACUCUUAUGACCUUCAUGAGGUCUUGGGAUCGUAUUGGCAGCAAGUCUGGUGUGGUUGCUCAGUUCAGCAUUCUUCGGAAGCGAGAUCUGCGAUGCUUCGUGCUCAAGAAGUCCUUUGCUGAGACUCGGCUGGGCACAGGUGUCGCCAUCAACUUCGGUAGAGGUCGUCAAGGCGAGCUCUCGUCCGAAUUCGACCUCCUGUCCAAGACGGCUUUCGAUGAUCAUGGCAUUCGUGAAUCGGUCAUGGGCCUGCCCUUCAGCAACUUCCUCCCGUUGCCGAUCAACCAGCGACACUACAGUUCAGUCAAGGAUGAAGUCCUCACUUCACUCGCUCAGCUCGGCCAGAGCGCUCAACUCUCAUCGACAGCGCCUUCCGACGUGGUCAUCUCGUUCAUGAACGACAUCGUGGUCAAGUUGUGCUCCGACACCAAAGGUGUAAGCGACGCGAGCGCACUCGGCCGAGCAUCCGAGCGAGCUAUCGAAAGCUACUACCACCUCUUCCACCUGCUCCUCUGUCUGGCCACAAGUAACACUGGAAUCGUCCGGGCGAUCAACAUGACCGUCAGCGGCCUUCUUAAAUCCAAGCCACAAUCUGACAAGACGACGAUCCCCAACCUCGGCCACCUGCUCAUCGCGCUCCUCCUCACCGACCACCCAAUCACCGAGAAGAUCCUCAAGAACCUCAUCCAAGAAGCCAUCACCCGCAACGUCGUCUGGAUGCUCGACCAGCAAAAAGGCUCGGGCAUGGUCGAACUCGCGUACCUCGAGGCCGACCCUAUCUCCUACUACCGCCUCAAGAAGACUUUCGAAGCCAGCCGCACCUCCUACACCCUCUUGAUGUUCCAGAACCUCUUCCGCCAGACCAUCAAUCGUGGCACCGGCACAGCACGCAAGUCUCUAGUGACAAUGCGCGACGAGCUCUUCCAAGCACACGGUGGCCCUCCCAGAGGCACAGCGGAGCGUCUGGCGAAGAAGAUUGGCGAGCUUCAAGCAGUGGACAACUUCAGGGACUUCAUCCAGCACAUGGGUGUCACACUCCCGAGCCAGCAAUUCUUCACUUCUUUCCUACGAGGCUGCGUGGUUGGGAGUGUGGAGAAGGGCUACUCGCGGUGGGGUGUCAGUCAGGAGAGAGCGUACCGGCUUCGUGUCCAGCGGGAUCCGACGGUUCAGCCGCGGCUCAGCUGGCCGGACGGCAUGCUUGAGCCGAAGGGCCCAGAUAUCGUUGAGUCCUUCUUCCCGAAUGGUGGUGGGCGUGGUGGUCGAGGUGGUCGUGGUCGAGGACGUGGUGGGCGUGGUGGUCGAGGUGGCCGUGGCUACUAA